UACUUAGAGUUGGCUCCGAUCUUCGCAGCCCCGCCAACAACGAGGACUUGGGACGUUCUUACAACGUCCACUCUUCCCCUCUUUCUUUUCCGCUUCACCGUUGAAAGUCUCUCGCACGAGGUCCGUACCCAGUCGGCUGGUUCUCGAUUUCUGGUUCAUUUCCUGCUUGACUUUCUGAUUUCAAUUGACUUUGUUCGUUCGGUUUUCUGGAAAAGUCUCUUAUCGGAUCAUCAUGUCGGCUACCCCUCUCUAUCUCGGAGUCAUUGGCGUUGGUGGUGUUGGAGCCGCCUUUCUCAGCCAGCUGGCCCGUCUGCCCAAUGCUCCAUCGCUCGUCCUGCUCGCCCGCUCGACGCAGACGCUCCUCUCCCCAGCGCCGUCAUACUCCCCUGCUAUCCCGGCUGCAGACUGGCAGACUGCUUCGUCGACGCCUUCCUUGACCAAGUCUGGGUCUCUUUCGCCACAGGAGAUCGCAUCUUAUCUCUCCGCUGCUCCAGGACGCUCUAUCCUCGUCGACAACACCUCCGACCCCGCUCUCGCGAGCGCUUAUCCGGUCUUCCUCCGUGCAGGUAUCUCUAUUGUCACGCCCAACAAGAAAGGUUUCUCGUCGGAUCUGUCUCUGUGGAAGGAUAUAUUCGCCGCUGCGGCUGAGGGAAAGGCGCUUGUCUACCACGAGAGCACGGUCGGGGCUGGUCUCCCCGUCAUUUCGACUCUGCGGGAUCUCGUCGCGACCGGCGAUGAAGUGACUCGCAUCGAGGGUGUCUUCUCCGGCACCCUGUCUUUCCUGUUCAACACCUUUGCGCCCGUCUCGAGCAGCGGUGCGUCCGCGUCCUGGAGCGCUGUCGUCGCCCAGGCCAAGGAGCUGGGCUACACGGAACCCGACCCCCGCGAUGACCUCAACGGCAUGGACGUCGCGCGCAAGCUGACCAUUCUGGCCCGUAUCGCUGGCCUGGAGGUGCAGGCACCGGACUCUUUCCCUAUCGAAUCGCUCAUCCCCGCUGAAUUGGCCUCUCUGCCCAGCACCCCCGAGGGCAUUACGCAAUUCAUGACCCGUCUGCCCGAGUUCGAUGGCCAGAUGGCCUCGCUCAAGGAGUCGGCAGAAAAGGCAGGCAAAGUCGUUCGCUACGUUGGCAGCAUCGAUGUUGGCAAGAAGGAGGUCCGCGUUGGACUGCAGCAGUUUGACAAAGACAGCGCCAUUGCAGGAUUGAAGGGCAGUGACAACAUCAUCAGCUUCUACACGAAGCGAUAUGGCGCCAAUCCCCUUAUCGUGCAGGGUGCAGGAGCCGGUGGAGAUGUCACCGCUAUGGGUGUUACGGCUGAUCUGAUCAAAGUCAUGGAGAGAUUGAGAUAGAGGAUAGGAAUGUGCCUAUAUGGUGACUUGGUUCUCAAACCGUGUCAGAGCAGCACGGUGGGAAAUCAAUGGGGGGAAAAAUAGUCCAUACUUGAUUAAAAUCAGAUAGAAGCGAAUUGAUACCGCAGGCAGAGUCCUCGAUGCAAUAAAUGAUGAAGGUGGAAGAAGCUAGAUUGCUAUCCCUUAGGCCGUGCCUUCCUGGCUAUUCAAAUAUCAUGAUACCAAUUCAUCUCAUCUCUCUUCACCUUUCCGCACAUAUCAAUCAAUAUCUUCAUUCCAUGGAAG